AUGAUCGCCGUCCGAGAGGACAACAGAUACACCAGCCUGAAGGACCUGCUGCCGGAUUCUCCGCCGGCAGCGGCGAUCAGCCGCGGAGACAGCUGGCGCGAGAUCCAGAUCAAGGAUCCUCUGCUGCAGCACGCGGCGUGGGCGUACCUGCAGCCGAUGGCGGUGGAGCGCGGCGGCAGAGAGCGGUGGUGGAGCGGCUUCGUCGGGAAGUGCUGCGGGCUGCUCGGGUGCCUCAACGACAUCGUGAUGGUGGUGUUUGGGUUCGGCGCGUGGGAGCUUGCGGUCGAUGAUAAAAUCUGA